GAUAAUAACAGAAUUCGCCAUGGCUCGCCCUUCAUUGAUCCUGCCUGUGCUCGCACUUCUGCUCAUCGACGCUUGCUACUCUGCCAGUAUCCCUCGGGGCUUCGACCCUCGGCUGUCGGAGGAGGUGGUGAUGGCGCCAAAGAAGAGACCGUUCUGCAAUGCGUUCACUGGGUGCGGUCGCAAGAGGUCCCAAGGCUCUCCCGGCAUGCCCAUUCAAGAACUGAUGAGACAACGACAGUUCGUCGACGAGGAAACCCUCCCAAUACUGGAAUCCGAGAACGGGAUCGAUGAUCUCUCCCGCCAGAUCGUAUCUGAGGCCAAGCUCUGGGAGGCGAUCCAAGAGGCCAGCGCAGAAAUAGCCAGAAGGAAACAGAAGGAGUUCCAGUAAAUAAGGAAAAAUGAGGCGGUUACUGGAAUUUUGUGGAAAUUUUAGGGAAACUGAGCAAAUUUACGAAAAUUAUUAUAAAAAUUAAAUUCGAACCUUUAUACAUAGUGUUUUUGGGUUUGAAUUCAUUUGAAGUUGUAUUUAUGGUCACUUUUAAACACUUGUGGUGCAAUAACGACGUUUCUACCUGCAAUUCCAAAAGGAAUUCUGAUAAAAGUGAAGCAUAAGGACUCUUAUCUGAUGGAAAGCCACAUAUUAUCAAUAAAAAUUGAGCGUCAUGAUUUUUUUUCAUAUUUUUUCGGUUAUCGAAAUUAGACUUAAACAAGUAUUACUUGUUUGUCCUAGGACUGGGAGGACUAAAGAAAUAUAAUUAUUUUUUGGGCAUUGGGCCAGCGUGGGAACUAUAGCCCAAGCCCUGAGCAUGAGGCCUGUGCCCAGCAGUGAGACGUAUAUCACGUAUUGAAGCUGAAUUAUAUAAUAUUUAAUUUUUUUACUCCAGUACCCGUCUUUUAUGGGCAUGAUGUAAUAACUAACGACUUGGCUGAAUGGUUAAAGCAGUUCCGUAGCGUCUUGGCUAGA